AUGGGGAGCCGCGGAGCCGCGCGCGCCUGUUUAAUAUCAGUUUAUUCUGUUUAUUUUGGAGGAUUAAUUUGAUUGAUGUUUAUAUUUGCUGGUGCGAAUAAACCGUAGCGGACAAAGCUCAGCAGCGCGCGCGACCACCGGUUUAAUUCACCAAUCAUCACCGCGUUCAUCAUCACUGCCCUCUGCGGCGGACGGUCAUCAUCAGCGGCCCCGUUAUCGACAUUAUUCAUACUGUUCUAUUUUAUUAUUAUAUUAUUAUUAUUGUUAUUAUUAUUAUUGUUAUUAUAUCCUUCGUGAUGUCGGCGUUUGUGCAGCUCGCGCUGCUCUCCGGUCUCGCGCUGUGCGUUGCGCUGCUGCUGCAGAGAGCCGGAGUAAACAACAACAAGGAGGGCAAACCGGAGGGGCCUGCUGGACAUUUCCCUCCGAUGCUCCACAGGAAGGCGGCUCCAGAGCCUGCGCGGGGGUCCGGGGGGCAUUUCUCCAGGGCUCACAACCCCGAGGCCAUCGCCAGGGCGAAGGGCGGCACAACCGCUGGGGGAAAAUCCAACCUUGCGGGACAGAUCAUUCCGGUCUACGGAUUCGGGAUCCUCCUGUACAUCCUUUACAUCAUCUUUAAGAUCACGUCCAAAGGGAAAACGGCGAAGCCUCAUGAGAGCAGAUUCCCCGCUGUCAGAUCAGAGAAUCUGAAGAGAAAAAUCACGGACUUUGAGCUGACCCAGCUUCAGGAGAGGCUGAAGGAGACGGAGGAGGUGAUGGAGAGAAUAGUGUCCAGAGCCCAAGCUCAGCGAGGCAGCCCGGACAGGGCGGGUCCUGUCAGUGCGGAUCAGGAGGAGGCGCUGCUGCUCCAGCUCAGGGAGAUCACGCGGGUGAUGCAGGAGGGCCGGCUGGUGGACGAGUUUCCCCCAGAGCAGGGGGCCACAGACCCCCACUAUGAGCAGGACUUGGAAGAUUAUCCUGACGGGACGGAGUACUCCGAGGAGACGAUGACCGAGUGGCAUCAGCACUGCUGCAGACACCAUGAGCACCAGGCCAGCAGGUUCCAGCACGGAGGGAUGGAUGGAGAGAUGGACGGAGGGAUGGACGAGGACAGAGAGGGACGUGCAGAUGGAGGGAACCACCCUGAUGGUGAAAGUGUUGAUGACUUUUUUGCAGACUGUGUUUAUGAUGAGGGAGACUGCCUCGCUGGAGAUGGUGAUGAAGAUGAGGAACUUGCUGCCGAGAUGAUGACGAAGGGUCUGGAGGCCUUUUCUGCAGACCAGCACAAAACUUUCCACAAACUUCCACCUGAAAACGAGGAUCUCUGCUGGAGCGCUCCAUCAUCAGGCAACGGUCUGAUAAGACGGAAGACCAAGAACGAAGCGGUCAGAGUGACCUGAGUCCCCAGCACGAAACUUCCCCUUCACUGCAUUUUUAUUUAUGUAUUUAUUUACUUAUUUAUUCCCCUCUUACCUUUUGCAUGUUGGUUGUUGGUUGAAGGCUGUAAUGGUGCACAGAAGUCAUGGUUCGGUUCACACCGCGGUUCGGACAUCACGGUUCGGUACGAGUCGGUCCAACAGAACAAAAGCAAGAAAAGCACCCAAACGCCUGAGGCUAGGAUUCUUUUCAUUUAUUGUGAACAGACAGUAGUGCAACUUAGUUUGUUCCACCUGGUGUUGCCUAGCGCCCCCCUGAGGAGGCUUUAGUUGGUGCAGACUGUAGUGGGUGGCUUACACUGAUCUCUGUGCUGAUAGUUCAGCUUCAGCUGUGAUUGUUUAGUUAGUGACACACAGAGAAAUCUGUCAGUCUUGGUGCUGAAUCUGUUCUCAGGCGCAGAAACACUGCAGGCCGUGUAGAGGAUCAGACUCGAUAGCUGCCUCUUCACCUCUCACUCACUGUCCACCUCCAACUCAGCCUCACAGCUGAUCGGGGGUCAGGAGUUAUGGCGCUGCUGCAGUUAUGCAACCUACAGCUUAAGGUUUCCAGGUGGAACUCGCAUUUGGGAAAUUCGGCUCCGCAUUACAUUCAUCAAUGAAUGCAUAUACAUGCGCUCAAUAAUCCGAUCAUUAUUGGAUCUCUGCAGUUGUCCGAUUAUUCAAAUGGUCGUGUAAACACCACACUCCG